GGAUUGUGGGAUAGUGGCGGACGGAUCCGGGCGUCGGAGGCCCCGAGCCGACUGUACAGCCUGAAGACCCAGCGGGUUCGGGGGAAGGGGCGGCCAGGGAAGUGGGCCUCGGCUUCCGUCGGCAGCUCCUCAGCCCUGCGGCCUGUCCGGACUGAGGAGGCAAAAGUCUUCCCUCACGGGCCUUUGCUUUCCCGCGCGGCGCCGGGCCGGGCCGGCCGGGGCGACUUCUCCGCCGAGGGCCUCCGCGGGCCUCGCGACCGCUCUGACCUCCCCGCGCCCCCCGUCCGCCGGCGAGCUCCGGACCCCCGCCUCCGUCCCCCGAACCCCGCGGCUUGGCGCACCGGGGCCCCCUUAGGCCCGAAGGCGCGUGCGCGAGCCCCCGCCGCCUCCCCCCGCCCCCUCAUACCGGGCCCCUCAGCAGGGGCCGGAGCCGCCGGCGGCGGGGCGGGGGGGGCGCCCGGAUGAGCCCCGAGUGCGAGGAGCCGCCGCCCCCCCGCGCAGAAGAAAAUCCCAUACCUGUGAGCAGGCACUCCUCACCCCCAGCUCCCGCGGCUCCAUCUGUGGAUUUGCGUCUUCGGACAGUUAAGUGCACAGAGUCCGACCACACGCCGUCCUUGGUGACUGCUUUGUUCACUCUGUGGCGCCAUGUUUUGGAAGUUUGACCUGCACACGAGCUCACACCUGGACACGCUGCUGGAGCGGGAGGACCUGAGCCUGCCCCAGCUCCUGGAUGAGGAGGACGUGCUACAGGAGUGCAAGGUCGUCAACCGCAAGCUGCUGGACUUCCUGCUGCAGCCGCCGCACCUGCAGGCCAUGGUGGCCUGGGUCACCCAGGAGCCACCGGCCAGUGGCGAGGAGCGGCUGCGCUACAAGUACCCUAGCGUGGCCUGCGAGAUCCUGACCUCGGACGUGCCCCAGAUCAACGACGCGCUGGGUGCUGACGAGUCCCUGCUGAACCGGCUCUAUGGCUUCCUGCAGAGCAGCGGCAGCCUCAACCCGCUGCUGGCCAGCUUCUUCAGCAAGGUCAUGGGCAUCCUCCUCAACCGCAAGACAGACCAGCUCGUGUCCUUCCUGCGGAAGAAGGACGAUUUCGUGGGCCUGCUGCUGCGGCACAUUGGCACUUCAGCAAUCAUGGACCUGCUGCUGCGUCUCCUCACCUGCGUGGAGCGGCCCCAGCUGAGGCAGGACGUGGUCAACUGGCUCAACGAGGAGAAGAUUGUGCAGCGGCUCAUAGAGCAGAUCCACCCGUCGAAGGAUGACAAUCAACAUUCCAACGCGUCCCAGUCCCUGUGCGACAUCAUCCGCCUGAGCCGGGAGCAGAUGCUCCAGGUGCAGGACAGCCCGGAGCCCGACCAGCUGCUGGCCACCCUGGAGAAGCAGGAGACGAUCGAGCAGCUCCUGAGCAACAUGCUGGAGGGGGAGCAGAGCCAGUCUGUCAUUGUGAGUGGGGUCCAGGUGCUGCUGACCCUGCUGGAGCCCAGAAGGCCGAGGUCCGAGUCUGUGACUGUGAACAAUUUCUUCAGCAGCGUGGAUGGGCAGCUGGAGCUCCUGGCCCAGGCGGCCCUGGACAGCACGAUGUCCAGUGUGGGCGUCCUGCAUGCCCUGCGCCCGCGGCUGGGCCGUUUCCACCAGCUCCUGCGUGAGCCCCCAGAGCUGGAGCCGCUGCGAACUACGUGGGGCAGCCUGGCCCCGCCGCUGGGCAACACCCGGCUGCACGUGGUCAAGCUGCUGGCCAGUGCGCUGAGCGCCAACGAUGCGGCUCUGACCCAGGAGCUCCUGGCGCUGGACGUGCCCAACACCAUGCUGGACCUGUUCUUCCACUACACGUUCAACAACUUCCUGCACGCCCAAGUGGAGCUGUGUGUCCGUGCCGUGCUGAGCGCCGGGCCUCCUUCCGACAGCAGCCUCGAGAUCCCUGCCCCAAACCCCGCGGUGAAACACCUCCUGCAGCAGUGUCGCCUGGUGGAGCGCAUCUUGACCUCCUGGGAGGAGAACGACCUCGUGCAGUCUGCCGGGGGCCCCCGCAAAGGCUACAUGGGCCACUUGACGAGACUGGCCAACGCCCUGGUGCAGAACACGGAGAAGGGGCCCAACGCUGAGCAGCUGGGGCAGCUGCUGAAGGAACUGCCCGGUGAGCAGCAGGAGCAGUGGGAGGCCUUCGUGUCCGGACCCCUGGCGGAGACCAACAAGAAGAACACCGUGGACCUGGUGAGCACCCACCACCUGCACUCCUCCAGCGACGACGAGGACGACCGGCUCAAGGAGUUCAACUUCCCCGAGGAGGCCGUGCUGCAGCAGGCCUUCAUGGACUUCCAGAUGCAGCGCAUGACCUCAGCCUUCAUCGACCACUUCGGCUUCAAUGACGAGGAGUUUGGGGAGCAGGAGGAGAGUGUGAACGCGCCUUUCGACAAGACCGCCAACAUCACCUUCUCCCUCAACGCCGAUGACGAGAACCCCAACGCCAGCCUGCUGGAGAUCUGCUACAAGGACCGCAUCCAGCAGUUUGACGAUGAGGAGGACGAGGAGGAGGACGAGGAGGAGGGUCAGGGCUCUGGGGAGUCUGACGAGGAGGAUGGCGCCUGGCAGGGCAGCCAGCCGGCCAGGGGAGCCCGCCGGGGCCAGGCCCCGGGCAUGCGGAGCGGAGGCAGCACAGACAGCGAGGAGGAAGACGAGGAGGACGAGGAGGACGAGGACGACGGUGAUGGCCGUGUGGCUGGUGGGGGGUCCAGGCCCCCCUCUUAUCCUGGCCCCGGCCCCCAUCCUCUGGGCUCUAGCCGGACAGCCGCCUUUGACCCAGUGCCUACAGACGCCCUGACUGGCCCCCAAGACUCUGGGGAGAAGGAGCCGUGCUCUGGGCUCCUCACCCCACGGGGGUCCCUUGGCGUACCCCAGGACCUCCCCACCCUGAGCCUGGCCGGACCUGUGGCCCACUCUGCCCCGCAGCUCAGGUCUCAGGACCCCGCGUCCCCUUCAGCACCUCAGGAAGCCCCAGAUGGCAGUGACGUAGCGGAACCCUCGGCCCCCUGCCAGGCCUUGGUCAGCGUCGGGGAGCUCCAGGCCACACUCAGAGGGACACGCUCCACUCCCAGCUCCUUGGACAGUGCAACCGGAGACCCUGCUACCUCGGUCCCAGCCCCUGGGGCCUGCCAGCACCCCCAGACCACAGAGGGGGAGAGGAGCCCAGAGCCCUCGGGGCCCCCCCAAAGCCAGAGUGCCCAGGCCCCUGAGCUGCCUCCGAUGCCCAACGGCUCUGCCCCAGGAGGGCCAGCAUCCCUGGGCUCCCAGUAACUGCCUGGUCCCGGUGGUGGCGGUUAACUCCUCCGUCCUCCACGUGGACCCUCCGGAGUUGGGGCAGGGCAGGUCCCACGAUGCCCUGUUGCCCCGUCACCGCUCCCCACCCUGUCCGCCCCCACGUGCUCUCCUCUGGACUCCCAGGAGCCUGGCGCCAGGGAGACAGGCCCUCGUCCACCCCCAUUUGCACUGAGAAAAGAAAUUAUGGAGCUUUGUCUCCGAGAAUAAAGAAACAGUUGAGAAGAGAGAAAGGAGAGAGAGAGAGACCUAUAUUAUAUAUUAUAUAUGGAGAGAGCGAGCUGGUGGGUGGAGAGCCAGGAGGAGGCCCGGCCGGGCGGGCCAGCACGUGGGACCUGCACCCCCUCUCAGUGGGGGCUGUGCUGGGGGCCUCGUCCACCCUCCCCUCCCACCAUGCCCGAAGCCUCCGGUGCAGUGCCCACAUCUGUACUCGGCUCAGGCCCGCCUCCAGGGAGGGCCCGAGUGGGGGCCGUGCCUUUGCCCAACCCUUGCCCUGGACCCUGCACUUUGACCCAGGCUGGGAGCUAAAGGACCCUCUGCCUCACCCUGCUGGUUCUGUGGGAGCUGGCGGUCCCCGUCCAAGGGGGUCUCUCGGUGACAUUCCUGUGGGGCCCCAAUGCACUCACUGAGACCGCCCCCUCUGCACCUCCCACAGACCCCGGGGCGGGGGCAUUGGCAGGGGUCUGGCUGGGGUCCCCUUCCCAUGCCCAAGGGUCUGGGGUCCAGCCCAGCUGCCAAGUGACCUUGUCCCAGCUCCCCCUUCCCAGGCUGGCGUGAGUGUGCGUGUGUUCGUGCCGAGCUAUUUCGUAUUGCAAAUAUGAAUAAAUAAAGACCGUUUAAGAUUCCUG